AUGCACACCCUCUCCCUCAGAAAAACACGGCAUCACUCUCUCGCCUCCUACAACACGGCAUCACCUCUCCGCCCCUCACAACACGGCAUCAACCCUCCCGCCCCGCUACAUGACACGGCAAGACCUCCUGACCGCAUUCGCUCUCUCCUCCUACAACACGGCAUGCACGCCCCCCCCCUGCUACAACACUACGGCAUCACCUCCCUCUACACUCAGCCCCUCACAGACACGUCAUCACCGCUCUCCCCUCGGACCGACUUCCCCUCCAAAGCGGCAUCAGCCUCUUCGCCCAUCCUCAACACGUCAAUCACCCUCUCCCUCCUACAACACGGCCAUCCUAUCUCUCCCGCUCUGCUCGACGCGGCAAUCACACCUGCUCGCCCCCUCAACACAGGCAUCACUCUCUCUCGGCCACUCCUGCAACAAGGCAUCACUCCUCGUCCCCCUCUGCUAUCAACACGGCAUCACUGCUCUUCCCCCUGCCUGAACAGACAGGGCAUCACUGCUCGUCCCCCUGCUAACAACACGGCAUCACCGCUCCCUGCCUACAACACGGCUCACCCUCCUCCUACAAAUCAGCGGCAUCAACACCACAACUCGUCCCCCUCCCCCCUAACAACACGGCAUCAACCUCUGCCUUCCCCUCCUGACAACACGGUCAAUCACACCUCUCCCUCUGCGACACCGGCAUCAGCCUGCUCCCCUGCUGACAACACGGCAUUCACCUCUCCCCUGCAACGCAUGCCUUCCUGUAAAAACCACGGCAUCACCCCUCCUCACCCGCGUGCCUGCCCCCAAACACAACGUGCAAUCUACGCCUCGUCCCCCCUGCUAAAACGCAUCACCCGUCCCCAUCCUCAACGCAUUCUCCACCUCCUACAACACGGGCAUCAACCUUCCUCCUCACAUCACCUGCCCUCCUACAACACAGGCAUCACCCUCUCGCGCCCUCUACAACAGCGGCAGAAUCACGCUCUCUCCCCACUUCCUACAACAACCGGCCACUUCCACCGCAUCCCCCCCGCCUCUACAUACACGGCAUCACUCUCUCCCCCUCCUACAACACGGCAGAUCAUCCCCCUCCUCAACACGCAUCACCGCUACUUCGGCCCCCGCCUGGCCUGCAACAGUCAUCAAAACCGCUCGGGCCCCCCUCUGCAGACACGUCAUCACGCCUGCUCCCCCUCCUGCAGACACGUCAAUCACCCUCUGCUCGCCUUCUAA